GGAUUUACUCUAUCACUUGACUUGCCUGGGGUCAUUGUUCACCAAAGCAGAAAAGAUUUCCUUUAAAACUGACAUUUCAUGAGGUAAAUGUAACAAAAGCUAUUUAAAGUGACAGCAAUUGGGUGAGAUGAAGAUAAAUCAUGUGGCCUCCUAGCCUUUGUUCAUAUAAAAAGUCAUGCAGCUUAAAAGUUAAUACUAGCUGCUAGAAAGUAAAAAUCACACUGGUCUUUUGUCCUAUAUCUCCACCUAUGGCUAGUAUAGCAAUUGAUUUUUAAUAGAUGUAGGGAUCUGAAGACGUCAUUGGAGCCACGAAGUGAGCCCAGAUGUUCUUUAUAUGUACAGUUAUUAACAGAAACCUUCAAAGGUUGCAUUUACAUGCGAGGGGAAAGUCUACUCUAAGAUAAUAUCCGAAGGUUAACAUGGAGGCAAAAGCUAAGAAGUGUCCGGUGGAAAACAAACCAAAGUCUUACAGUCAGUACUUACAGGUUCCAGAUUUGCUAGGUUGUAUCCAGCCACUAAGUGAUGUUCAUGAUGAGCAUCUCUUCAUUGUUACCCAUCAAGCCUAUGAGCUUUGGUUCAAGCAAAUUCUGUACGAGAUUGACUCUGUAAGAGAGAUCUUCAUGACAGCUAAUUUAGAUGAGUCCAAAACUUUGCUGAUGAUCAAUAGAUUGGGACGCGUGGUUUUAAUCAUGAAGUUGCUGGUUGAUCAGUUUCACAUACUGGAAAGCAUGACACCACUAGAUUUUAUUGACUUCAGGGCAAAUCUCUCCAGUGCCUCUGGAUUUCAGAGUCUACAGUUUAGAUUGCUGGAGAAUAAAUUUGGAGUCAUACCGGAGAACCGUGUGAAGUACAAUCAGGAGCACUACUGUCAGGUGUUCAGAGACUCAGACUCAAUCUCCAAACUAGAAGACUCCAUUAAGUCCCCAUCUCUGCUAGACUUAGUACAGCGUUGGUUGGAGAGAACACCCGGCCUGGAAUCUGGAGGCUACAAUUUCUGGGGAAAGUUUGCUGAUGCUUCUGACAGGUGGUUAAGGGAUACCUUACUGGAACCUGCUGAGGAUCUUCCUGAUGGAAAGGAGAAAGACACUUGUAUGGCUGAGUACAAGAAACAGAGGGAGUCAUUUGAUUCAAUCUUUGAUGAGCAGAUAUACCAGGUGUAUGUGGGCCGAGGAGAGAGGCGGUUCACUUACCGAGCAUUCCAGGGAGCAAUGAUGAUCUCUCUGUAUCGUCAGGAGCCUCGCUUCAAUCAGCCAUUCCAACUUCUUACUCUCCUCAUGGAUAUAGACUCACUGCUCACCAAAUGGAGAUACAACCACGUGCUGAUGGUACAGAGGAUGCUUGGAAGCAAGGUUGGGACAGGAGGCUCAUCUGGUUAUCAAUAUCUCAGGUCAACCAUCAGUGACCGCUACAAAGUGUUCCUAGACUUGUUCAAUCUCUCCACCUUCCUCAUUCCGCGGAGUUACAUCCCUGAUCUGUCCAGUGAUAUGAAACGUCGCCUCAGCAUGUUCACCAAGGAUGGGAAGAUUAACUUCGGGCUGUUGCCACACCUAGAUGGUAUGAACAUCUCCGAGUCAAGCACAGACAGCCACAGCGAUGAGGUCGAGGAAGAGGAUGGUGGACUUUCAGAGUUGGUGGAAAAAAACGUCAACUUUUAUUAAAUGGAAUUCAGGUUGUUCAAGCUUGCUCAUUAUUAUUGGUUUAACACAUAAGGAUUGAUCUGAGAUCUGUUUCAUUCUUCUCAGCUUAGCCUUCAGAAAUACAGAUCUGUACUCUUCCAUUCACUAACCUG